CGGCCACCACCAUCCAGUGGGUACGAAGCAGACGCGCCGCCGCCCACCACUGGCCCUUUCUCCUCUACCCUCUCCCCCAAACCCCCAAAACUCUUCCGUCCACCCUCCUCCACCCAGCAGCGUCGGCCACCACCAAGCAGUGCCUCCGACCACCACCAAUUUCCGCCGAACGCCAACCAUCCGGCCGAUCUCUCUCAACCUCAUGCGGUUUGGUCGCCUCCACCCACCGAACGACGCCCACACCAUCCGCCUCUGCCCACCACCGGCGACGCCCACCCACAGCCAAAGUUGAAUAGAUCCAACCUGACAACCUGAAAACAGGAGAUAGAGAGGAGAGAGGGAGAGAUGGCAGAAUUGUUCAUUAAACAGGCGGAGAAUUACACGGAAGGUCGGCCUAGUUACCCUCCAGAAUUAUUUGAAUUCAUUGCUUCCAAGACAUCCUGUAAAGACCUUGCAUGGGACGUCGGCACCGGCAGCGGUCAGGCUGCUCAAUCUCUAGCUGGGAUGUACAAGAAUGUGAUAGCCACAGAUACAAGCCCAAAGCAGCUGUCUUUUGCUCCAAGGCUACCCAAUAUAACAUACCAGCAAACCCCUCCCACCAUGUCUAUAGCCGAGCUUGAAAGCAAAGUUGCUCCUCAAUCAAGCGUGGAUGUUGUGACGAUUGCUCAGGCCUUACACUGGUUCGAUCUCCCUAAUUUCUACCAACAAGUGAAAUGGAUACUCAAAAAACCUCAUGGUGUCAUAGCUGCAUGGUGCUACACCGUGCCAGAAGUCAAUGACUCGGUCGACUCGGUCUUCAAAACCUAUUAUGGUAUUAUUGUAGACCCCUAUUGGGAGUCGGCGCGUAAAUUAGUGGACAACAAGUAUAGGAGCAUCCAUUUUCCAUUUGAGCCAGUGGAUGGAGUUGAUCACACUGGGCCAUUUGAGUUUGUAGCUGAAAAAUUGAUGGAUUUAGAUCAUUAUUUUACUUUCUUAAAAUCAUCGUCGGCGUAUCAAACAGCAAGGGAGAAGGGUGUGGAGCUUUUGAGCGAUGAUGUGGUUGAGGAUUUUAAGCGUGCUUGGAAUGAAGAUGGAAAAGACCAUAAGGUUGUGAAGUUUCCUAUUUAUCUGAGGAUUGGAAGAGUUGGGAAUACGUAAAAUUAAAAGACUAGCUUGAUCGAUCAAGUGUGGCUUAUUUUAUAGGAAUUUCAAUAAAACCAUUUAUGUUCAAAGGAUUGAUGAACCCAUCUCCUUUGUCGAUAAUGUUGGAAGCAUUAUAUCAGUUGUGUCAGUCACAUUGCCAUUUUAUGAAAUGGAAUUCUGCGUUUGAAUUAAUGCUACUGAUUAGAAAAUUAAAUGACAUUUUGUUGAUCAA